UGACGCAUCCAAAGCCUCCGACAGUCCAACUACCGACAACCACCAAUUGAGGCCACAAUCAAGGUCGCAUUCAUUCGCGUUCCCCGCACCGCAUUGUUUCCAGAUCCUUCACCUCAUCCGGGCUUGCGAGGGUAUCCAUGGCUUCGAUCGGCGUGGGCGACACCCUCCCCGACGGCCAGCUCGGGUGGUUCGACGAGAACGACCAGCUGCAGCAGGUCUCGGUUCACGUCCUCGCCGCCGGCAAGAAGGUCAUCCUCUUCGGCGUCCCCGGUGCCUUCACCCCCACCUGCAGCAAUCAGCACGUGCCAGGCUUCAUUACACAGGCUGAGCAGCUCAAAGCUAAGGGUGUAGAUGAGAUCUUGCUUAUCAGCGUUAAUGACCCCUUUGUCAUGAAGGCAUGGGCAAAUACAUACCCUGAGAACAAACAUGUGAAGUUCCUUGCUGAUGGAGUGGGAACAUACACCAAGGCACUCGGUCUCGAGCUCGAUCUUACAGAGAAAGGACUGGGCGUUCGCUCAAGGCGGUUUGCUCUCCUGGCUGACAACCUCAAGGUCACUGUUGCAAACAUCGAGGAAGGUGGCCAGUUCACAAUUUCCGGUGCUGAGGAGAUCCUUAAGGCGCUGUAGGAGUUUCAGCUCUUCGAAAUCGCGUCAAUGUCAUCACAUCUAUCUAGUUUGAACUUAUCCGCCAAACUGCAUGUGCAAAUAACUUGUUGAUGGACAAGAUCUAGGGCCAUGUAUUUGUGAAACCCUUUCAGGCUAUUGUCACUGUUGGGUCACGUACAAUUUCAUAUCGUUGUGCUAUUGCCUUUGGUUUCUCUCCUCGAAAAGGUUCAUCUUUUUUGCA